AUGUUGCUCAAAUGGUUCACAAAAAGUGGUAAAUUUCCAGAUGGUCAUCAUCGUUAUCUGGAGUCUGAGCCCUCGAGGAUGCCAAUAUGCAUGCUAUAAUAGCUCAAUAACGAGGUAGAAUUUAAACGGUUGUCAAGAAAUUGAGAGUAGUGUGUGUGUGUUGGGGGAGAGGAGGGGGUAGGGCGAAUACAAUGAUGAAAAGACGUGUAGAUGCUAAUGCAGCAUAG